GAAUCUUGCUCUAUUGCCCAGGCUGGAGUGCAGUGGCAUGAUCUUGACUCACUCACUGCAACCUCCACCUCUUGGGUUCAAGCGAUUCUACUGCCUCAGUCUCCCGAGUAGCUGGAAUUAUAGGCACAUGCCACCACACCCAGCUAAUCUUUAUAUUUUUAGUAGAGUUGGGGUUUCACCAUUUUGGCCAGGGUGGUCUCAGACUCCUGGUCUCAAGUGAUCCGCCCACCUUGGCCUCUCAAAGUGCUGGGAUUACAGGCGUCAGCCACUGCUCCUGGCCUCUAGUUACUUCUUAAACUCUCUGAACCUUGUUUUUUUAAAAUCCUCUAAAUGAGGAUAACAGUUCAUAAUUCCUAACUUUUGUCAUGAAAAUUAAAGGAGUUAAUAUAUAUUAUGUGGAGAAAUGUAAAUUGUAGUUCAAAAAAUUGAAGAAAUAAUGUAAAAACUGAUUUAUUUAUCCGGUGAGAAAUGCAAGGACAUUUUUGUUUGGUGGUGGGUAUUAAAAGGCUAAGGUAUUUAUAUUCCACUGGAUACAUCUGGAAGAAUGAUUAACAGUGUUAUUUCAAAAUUUCAACAUUGAGAACACACUAGGACUUAGAUCUUUUACAACUCAUUAUGAUGAAAAAUUUUGUCAGCGAAAUGUGUUACGAUUGUUUCAUAAAAAUCUUUCACGUCGAUGAGCAAAUAUCUUAGAAGACUACUGCUGAGGAGAAAUGUUAUUUAUCCAGAGACUUGCCUUGAUUAGGAGACCCUACAUAGCGCCCAGUGGAAAUGUAAUAAAGGCAUUUCACUUAUUCCCUUCCUCAGCCCUGCCGUGAACAAAACUGAAUGAAAUCAACCACGCUCCGAGUUCUCGCCUAGACGCAGCCUGUAGUAGCCACGUUCCACCACUAGGUGGCACACGCCAAAGGCUCCGGGGGUGGGGCGAGCCGCCCGAGCACGCCUCUCGGUAGCCCCGUGGUAUCUCUCGGCUUCCGUUGAGCACCGAGCAAGAUGGCAGCUUCCGAGACGGUUAGGCUACGGCUUCAAUUUGAUUACCCGCCGCCAGCUACCCCGCACUGUACGGCCUUCUGGCUUCUGGUCGACUUGAACAGAUGCCGAGUCGUUACAGAUCUCAUUAGUCUCAUCCGCCAGCGCUUCGGCUUCAGUUCUGGGGCCCUCCUAGGCCUCUACCUGGAGGGGGGGCUCUUGCCCCCCGCCGAGAGCGCGCGCCUAGUGAGAGACAACGACUGCCUCAGAGUUAAAUUAGAAGGGAGAGGAGUUGCUGAGAAUUCUGUAGUCAUCAGUAAUGGUGACACUAAUUUAUCUCUUAGAAAAGCAAAGAAGCGGGCAUUUCAGUUAGAGGAGGAUGAAGAAACUGAACCAGAUUGCAGAUAUUCAAAGAAGCAUUGGAAGAGUCAAGAGAACAAUAACAAUAAUGAGAAGGUCUUGGAUCUGGAACCAAAAGCUGUCACAGAUCAGACUGUCAGCAAAAAAAACAAGAGAAAAAAUAAAGCAACCUGUGGCACAGUGGGUGAUGAUAACAAAGAGGCCGAAAGAAAAUCACCAAAGAAAAAGGAGAAAUGUGAAUAUAAAAAAAAGGCCAAGAAUCCCAAGUCUCCUAAAGUACAGGCAGUGAAAGACUGGGCCAAUCAAAGAUGUAGUUCUCCAAAAGGUUCUGCUAGAAACAGCCUUGUUAAAGCCAAAAGGAAAGGUAGUGUAAGCGUUUGCUCGAAAGAGAGUCCCAGUUCCUCCUCGGAGUCUGAGUCUUGUGACGAAUCUAUCAGUGAUGGUCCCAGCAAAGUCACUUUGGAGGCCAGAAAUUCCUCAGAGAAAUUACCAACUGAGUUAUCAAAGGAAGAACCCUCUACCAAAAAUACAACUGCAGACCAGCUGGCUAUAAAACUUGGCUUUAGCCUUACCCCCAGCAAGGGCAAGACCUCUGGAACAACAUCUUCCAGUUCAGACUCCAGUUCAGAGUCAGACGACCAAUGCUUGAUGUCAUCGAGCACCCCGGAGUGUGCUGCGGGUUUCUUAAAGACAGUAGGCCUUUUUGCAGGAAGAGGUCGUCCAGGCCCAGGACUGUCAUCACAGACUGCAGGUGCUGCUGGAUGGAGGCGUUCUGGCUCAAAUGGUGGUGGACAGGCUCCUGGUCCUUCUCCCAGUGUGUCUCUCCCUGCUAGUUUAGGAAGAGGAUGGGGUAGAGAAGAAAACCUUUUUUCUUGGAAGGGAGCUAGGGGACGGGGCAUGCGGGGGAGAGGUCGAGGACGAGGGCAUCCUGUUUCCUGUGUUGUAAAUAGAAGCACUGACAACCAGAGGCAACAGCAAUUAAAUGACGUGGUAACAAAUUCAUCUACUAUUAUCCAGAAUCCAGUAGAGACACCCAAGAAGGACUAUAGUCUGUUACCACUGUUAGCAGCUGCCCCUCAAGUUGGAGAAAAGAUUGCAUUUAAGCUUUUGGAGCUAACAUCCAGUUACUCUCCUGAUGUCUCUGACUACAAGGAAGGAAGAAUAUUAAGCCACAAUCCAGAGACCCAGCAAGUAGAUAUAGAAAUUCUUUCAUCCUUACCUGCCUUGAGAGAACCUGGGAAAUUUGAUUUAGUUUAUCACAAUGAAAACGGAGCCGAGGUAGUGGAGUACGCUGUGACACAGGAGAGCAAGAUCACUGUAUUUUGGAGAGAGUUGAUUGACCCAAGACUGAUUAUUGAAUCUCCAAGUAACACAUCAAGUACAGAACCUGCCUGAGUAUGACCUCUCCACCUUAUAGUUUAUGAAUGUCUUGUUUGUGAAAGUGACUAUAACCCAAACUUUUUUUUUUUAAGAGGAUUUGGAAGUUGUAUGGAUUUUUUUUGUUAUCUUCACUUUACUGCAUAGGAAACAAUCUACCUCAUCAUUUAAAAUGACAUGGGUGUCAGUUUUGUAGAUCUUUGGUUUUUUUGUCAGGUUUAAUUUCAGUUAACAAAAUGUAAAACAUGACAUUCCCUGCAGAUAUUGUUGUAUACCAGUAUGGUUUCUUCUCUUUCUUUAAAUGUUUUUGGCCAUCAAGUAGCAGUCGUCAGUAGGAGUUUAUAAUACCAAGAAUGUGCUGCGUAUCUUGUCUCAAUAAGUUUUAAGUAACAUUUAAAAAUAUUAAAGCAUGUUACUUGACCUAAUUUUUUAGCAUUUGAGUUGUUCCAUUAAAUGGAGCAUCUUGUAAAUUUCAAGUAUUUUAUACUUGCAAUUGUUAAGAGUUAAAAGGUAGUUGGAUUUGUCGCAGACAAUGAGUUAAGGAAUCCUUUCACGUUUUUCCCCACUUUAAAAUUAAGGAUUCUCAGGGCCCUGUGUAGAGCAGUGAAAAUAAGAUGUGCGUAUGUGUGUGUAUGACUGGAGAAUUGGUGUUCCACUUGAGUGAGAGGAUUGGCUGUGAGCUUCAGACCAGGAAAUGUGUCAUCUUGUCAGGCACCUGGCUGAGUGCGCUGGAGUGAGGAUCUUGAACAGAAACUUCCUAUUCUGUUAUUAUUCACUACAAAGCUAAAAUGGCCAAAUAUAUACUACGAAAAUUGGUUUCAUUUAACAAAAGAUCAGAUCCCUCCUUCAGCUGUACACAUUUUUAAAUAAAAUCAUAUUGAACUAAA